UCUGAGGCCUCCAGACAGUAAUUAUGUCCAUGUCACAUUUAGUGGAUAUAUCCUUGAGUGCAGAACAUGAUGCUUUCAAAGGUAGGUUUUUUUCAUGGCAUUCAACCUACACCGGCCCCAUCGCACUGCUUCAUUAUAAAAAGACAUUUAACCCCCCCAGUGGGAGGGGCUUGCUGCAGGUAUUUCAGCUGAUAGAUGUUUAAGAAAAGAUCAAACCACUAGAGAGAAGUGUUUUUAAGAAUCAAAGAGAAGCUAUCAAGAGAAGGAGAGAAGACACAAACCAGAAAAACUGGUGCUAUGAAGUGGCUGGAGAUUUUUGUAUUACUGGGCAUGUGCUCACAGGCUGCAGCCCAAUCAGAUUUUAAAGUGUCUGUGUUCUCUGCAACAUCAAAGACUGUGACUCUCAGAUGGACCAGGUACUCUGGAGCCACUUCAUACCAGAUCACUGUAAAAUCACAGAGCGAACUUGUCGCUUUUGCAACAUUUGGUCCAAACACAGUGAUGGGCUCUGUUACCUCGCUGCCUCCAAACGUCAUGUAUAACUUCGUAGUUGAAGCAAUGAGUGGUUCCCAAAAACUCAGCACUGCAUCAGUUGAAUCAUCAACAGCCCCUGAUAUGAUGGAGCCCAUUCUGACAGUGAAGUCACUGGGUAGCACAACCUUGACAGUGGAGUUUAACUUGAGAAACGGGGUGUCUCAUUACAUCAUACGUGUCGAGAACAGCAAUGGCUUCUUCAGAGAGGUUGCAGCAUCCUCCUCUCCAGCUGAGAUUGAGUCCCUUGCGCCGUACACUGAGUACUCGCUCAGCAUCAUGGCUGUGAACACCGCAGGCCGCAGCCAGCCCUCAAUUCCUGUAACUGGAAAGACAGUUUUGGCUCCUCCUCAGCUUGCGUCCUCCUCUACGAGCAACAGCAGCAUCGUUGUAUCCUGGGAUCCAGUUGCUCAUGCCGUCCAAUACACCCUGUCCAUAUGCAAGCUUGAUUCAAACACAAGCAUGGGCGUGUACAACACCUCCAACACCAGUUUGACCUUCUCCGGCUUGGAUGCUGGCUCACUCUACGUCAUAACUUGUUUUGCUUGGGAUCUUGAAGGUCGAAAGGGAGACAGCUCGAACAUUAAACAGGCUACACGACCUCGGACCCCAGCGUCUGUCAAUGUUUCUGUGGUGAUGAAUGGCAGUGUGGCUGGACUCUUGGUGUCUUGGGAGCCAGACCAGGAGGUCUAUGGACCCAUUGAGUACAAUGUGAUGAGUGACCUAAACUUAAUGUGUAAGACCACAUCCAGCUCCUGCACCCUCUCAGUAGUGGGGUGUGGAGAGGUACACACCAUCCAAGUCACUGCCUCAAAUGAAGCUGGGCCCAGCUAUCCAUCUAGCCCUGCAGUCUUCAUCACCUUCCCCUGCCCACCUGAGUCUUUGGCACUAGUGGAGUCUUCAGAAGGCAACUGCACUCUAACGUGGAAAACUGUGGCUCAUGCUGACAGCUACAUGGCCCUUAUCGAGACAGCUGGCAGCAGUGUGGAAACCUGCAACACCACCAGCAACAACUGUACCUUUCACUGCCCGUGUGGGCAAACAUACCUCCUGUCUGUGCUGGCCUUCAACCACGCUGGCAGCAGUCCUCAAGGACAAGUUCUCAACUACACCACUUUGGUGUGUUGCCCAGAGGAUGUGUCAGUGUCAGCGGUGAGCACUGACACUCUGGACAUCAGAUGGAUGCCCUCACGGGGGGCAGUGCUGUACGAGACCCGGGCUGCACACAGUUCAGAGGUCAUCCUCUGUAAUGACACCGCACCGGUGUGCGUCCUCUCUGGCCUCAGCUGUGACACUGCCUACAGUGUGGUGGUGAUUCCCUGCAAUGAUGUGAGCGGUUGCAACCUUGCUUGUAAAGCUCACACCAAAGACACAGCUCCCUGCAUGCCAAACAAUGUGAUGCUCAAUCCAAAGAACUCCUCCUGCGUCACAGUCAGCUGGACAGCAAAUAACAGGGCUGCUAAUUACACUGUAAGCGCAAAUGGAGAUGAUGACAAACACAUCUGUAGCACCAAUAAAAGCAGCUGUGACAUCACUGACCUUUCCUGUGGCUCCACCUAUGAAGUAAGCGUCGAAGCAACCAGCACAGCUGGUCCGAGUUUACCCAGCUACUCUGAGUUUCUAGAAACAGAACCGUGUUGCCCAGUGAAUCUGACGGUGGAUCAGGUGACCCAGGCGAUCACCAACGUGUCGUGGUCGCACGCCAAAGGGGCACGCUUGUUCAUCGCCACUCUGACAUCAUCACGCGGUCAUGCCCGCUGCCAUACCCAGGACUCCCACUGCCUCAUGGGAUGCAUCACCUGCAGCACCAACUACACUGUCACCAUGGAGGCAAUCAGCCAUAACGGACGCAGGUCCAACUGCACCUAUCAGGGUUUCUCAUCAAGUCCCUGCUGUCAGUCUGGUGUCAAAUUAUACAGCACGUCCAGUAACUCUCUGCGGGUUUACUGGCGCAGCACUGGGAGCAACCACAGCUCCAUCGCAGAGAUGGUGGGGAGCAACAGCAACUACAACUGCACCGCAGCUCCUGGAGACAACAGCUGUGACUUCGGCAGCGUCCGGUGCGGGGACGUCUAUCAUGUAGUGGUCGCUCCACUCACACAAGAGGGCAGCAAAGUCCAAUUCUGCCCGGAGAGACUGUACUCGGUCACCUGUUUAGGAGACAACAUUGGCACAGUUAUUUACAGAGGGAAGAGAAGCGUGGACUAGCAUGUUUAGCAACAAAUGAAAACAUGUUCAUCCUCCUCUUCCUCAUCCAUCACCCCCAUCCUCACCGGAAUGAUCCCAGCCUCAUAAAUAUAUAGAGAAACAACCACAAAUGUUUAGCCAUGAAACAUGUUGGUAUAAUGUUUGAUGAUUUUUAUGUGGCAUAGGAAAGCAAACUCACAGUCUGCUCUAACAUUUAAGAUUCAAAUCUGUGAUCUGUGAAAAAAGUAACUAAAGUUAUGUUAAAUUGGGGAAAUUCUAAAUUAAUUUUAACCACAAAUUACUGGAUUUAACAGGAAAAUGAUUUUUUUAAAAACUGUUAAAAAUUGCAAUUGAUAGUUGGUAAAACAUUUACCAUGCUUGAAUAGCUAAUUCAAACUACAUAUGAUGGAUUUUUCUUCUUCAGUUCAAGAAAUUUGUCAUAGAGAUGACUGAAGCACAAUAAAUGUGUAGCUCAUUGUCCUCCUGACAAUCAAGGAACACGAACUGACAUAUUCAUCUUUAAAUACAUGAUUUUUUUCCCUUUUAAAACAACAGUUCUCUGUUUUAUAUUGUUAGGAUGUAAUGAACUGCUUUCAGUACGUGUCAUUGUCUCAAAGUGAUGGAAAUUCCUGGUAAUAAAGAACUCCCAGCAUCAUCAUCAUAUAGUGUUUUGUUUUGGAUGUAGAUAUGUGAUCUGUAAAUCAGGAUGCUGAUAAUGCUUUGUUAGUUAAAUCUGUUUAACAGUCACAUGGCAGCAGUUACUAUAUUCAGCCUGUCCUGCUGACAUUCAAACCAAGCGUGAGAAUGGGCAAGAAAGCUUGUUUAAGUGAAUUUCAAUACAUUAAACUGAUGACGUAGAAGUCUCAACCACUCAUAACCUCAUGUAUCAACGAUACAUUUGGCUUUAAAGGGUUAAUUCUGUUAGAAGCUGUUUUGUUGUUUCUGAAACAUUCCCUUCUUCAAGAUCAACUGUAUUUUCUUCAAACUGAUUACACAUCAGUGAACACUUGGCUCUCUGAUGAGAAUGUUA